ACUAUAUAAACCCCCUAACAAUCUCUCCUUUCUUCACGCCCCCUCUCCCCAGCUUCUCUUCUCUCUCAAAAAAGGCAUUAAAAUCGCAACAAAUUCAACCAAAAUUUUCAAGAUCAUUUUCACUUCUUCUGUAAAACCCUAAUCAACAUCGAUCUCUUCUUCUUCUUCUUCUUCUUCUUCCUUUCCUCCACUCAUUUUCUUCGAUUUUCCGAUUCCAUUUCCAUUCUUCUCCUCUCAAGAUCCGCAGAUACUUCGUCUAAUUCUCGAUUUCUGAAAGCCUUUUUCUUCUUCUUCUUCUUCUCUUGUUGUUGAAGUCUGGCGGUUUUCGACUUCGUGUAAAUGGCGGAUCCGCCAGGUAUCCGCUUUCUUUACGCCUUUUGUGAUAUUCGUAAAGCUGCUGCGAGUGUUUUCGGUUUCUCUUGUUUGGUAGACUUGCCGUGCUGUGCUGACGAUUGACGAGAGUUGAAGUAUGCUGAGCGUGGUACGCGUGCACUUGCCUUCUGAUAUUCCUAUUGUAGGCUGUGAACUCACGCCCUACGUUCUCCAUCGACGCCCUGAUAAGAAUAUAAGUACUGACGAUGUAUCUGAAUCGGCUCCUCUUGACGGUCAAUUCCUGAGAUACAGAUGGUAUCGCUUACAAAGUGAUAAAAAAGUUGCUGUUUGUAGUGUACAUCCUUCUGAGCAGGCCACUUUACAAUGUUUAGGUUGUGUUAAAGCCAAAAUCCCUGCUUUUAAAAGUUACCAUUGCACCACCAAAUGCUUCUCCGAUUCUUGGCAGCAUCAUCGUGUUCUACAUGACCGUGCUGCAAGUGCUAUGAAUGAAAAUGGCAAUGAAGAGGAAGAGUUAUUUGGACGCUAUAAUAACAACAACAACAACAAUAAUUCAGCAGCUGUUACGCAAAAGACAGGUGUGGAAACUUGGUUGGAAGUAGGACGGUGUAAGAGUUACACACCAACUGCUGAAGAUAUUGGCCAGGUCCUCAAGUUUGAAUGUGCUGUUGUUGACAUGGAAACCAUGUUACCUGUGGCGUCUCCACUUACUGUAUUAACUUCUCGGGUCAUUCCAGCUCCAUCCCCUAGUCCACGUCAUGUCAUACCUGUUAAUGGGGUUGAUGUCAUGGGAAAACUGGAUUUGGAUGGUCGAGUAUCAUCGUCAGGAACGUUUACAGUGCUUUCCUACAAUAUUUUGGCUGAUGUAUAUGCCACAAGUGAAUCAUUCAGUUAUUGCCCAUCAUGGGCUCUAUCAUGGCCAUAUCGCCGACAAAAUCUUCUUCGGGAAAUAGUAGGCUAUCGUGCAGAUAUAAUUUGUCUUCAGGAGGUUCAGAGUGAUCACUUUGUGGAAUUUUUUGCUCCUGAACUUGACAAACAUGGUUAUCAGGCACUUUAUAAGAGAAAAACCAACGAGGUCUACAAUGGGAACAUUCAAACUAUUGAUGGCUGUGCAACAUUUUUCCGUAGAGAUAGAUUUGCACAUGUCAAAAAAUAUGAGGUUGAGUUCAACAAAGCUGCACAAUCUUUGACUGACCCAGCGACUAUUCUAACUGCUCAAAAGAGAAAUGCUUUAAACAGAUUAAUCAAGGAUGAUGUUGCUCUGAUCGUAGUUCUUGAAUCAAAAUUCAGCACUCCCACGGUUGACAAUCCAGGAAAAAGGCAGCUCGUUUGUGUGGCUAAUACGCAUAUUAACGGGAAUCAAGAUUUAAAAGAUGUCAAGCUCUGGCAGGUGCAUACUCUAUUGAAAGGACUGGAGAAAAUAGCCGUGAGUGCAGAUAUUCCAAUGUUGGUCUGUGGAGAUUUUAAUUCUGUUCCUGGAAGUGCCCCACAUCAUCUUCUUGCUAGGGGGAAGGUAGAACCAACACAUCCGGAUUUAGCCGUAGAUCCUCUAAAUCUAUGUCAACCACAUAGCAAAUUGUCACAUCAGCUACCUUUGGUUAGUGCUUACUCCUCCUUUGCAAUAAAGGGAGUUGGCAUCGGUUUAGAUAAGCAGAGGAAAAGACUGGAUCCUACAACAAAUGAACCCUUAUUUACGAAUUGUACUAGAGAUUUUAUUGGAACCCUGGACUACAUUUUCUACACAGCGGACACUCUAACAGUGGAAUCUUUGUUAGAGCUCUUGGAUGAGGAGAGCUUGAGGAAAGAUACAGCACUACCAUCCCCAGUGUGGUCCUCCGAUCAUAUAGCACUUCUUGCCGAGUUUCGGUGCAAAUCUCGGCCCAGACGUUAACCGAUAGUGUAGAUCAGGUGUGUGUGGCAUCGAAGCAAAAGAUGCAGAAGUAAAGAAAAGAGGGGUUGGUAAAAAUAUUAAGAAUGGUGGUGUGGCGGAUCAUGCGGUGUUAAAUCAUCCUCAUUAUGAUCUGCAUUUGUAUUUGUGGUACCUUCUUCUUCAUCUCAUAGUAAAAGUUUUUAAUCUUUUCAUGCCUUAAAUCAGCCCCUCCCUUUGCUGCAAUCAAUCACACACACCUCUUUCUUUUUUACAAACUCUAUACCAAUCUCAAAUACACAAUCCUCACUCUCUCUGUAGUGCUUCUUUCUAAGAGAGAUGCCUGAA